AUGAGUCUCCGAACAGCUUCCCUCUCGCGGAGGGUGACUUGCUUCCAUGCGCCCGCAGUGGACCUCCGACGCUGGCCGUCCUGCAAGGUCCGAGCUUUCUCGAUGACCACGCAUCGUGAUGCGACGUGGGGGUUUAUUGGACUGGGACAGAUGGGCUAUCAUAUGGCCAAAAACCUGCGCGCCAAGAUCCCCGUAUCUGAUACCUUGAUCAUACGCGAUGUCAACCAAGAUACCAUGAAUCGAUUCGCUACAGAGGCCCGGGAGACCACACAAAGCAAUGGUGCGGGCGUCAAUGAAGGCCAAGUUGAGCUCGCUCAGAGUGCGCGCGAGGUUGCCGAGAAAUCGAUUGUUAUGGUUACCAGUCUCCCGGAGUCUCGGCAUGUUAUUGAUGUUUACCACUCUAUCCUCAAAUAUGGAGCUCUACCACCGCUCGAGCAAGAGCGUCUCUUUGUCGACACAUCUACUAUUGACCCCGUCGUAUCCAAGGAUAUCGCAAAAGCUAUCCAUACCACUCAAGCCGGCCGCUUUGUGGACGCCCCUGUAUCUGGAGGUGUGGUCGGUGCUCGUGCAGGAACGUUGUCAUUCAUGUUUGGUGCCUCUUCAGAGAAACCAGAACUACUCGAACGUAUUCGUGGUGUACUCGCUUUGAUGGGUAAAAAGGCCUGGCACCUUGGUCAGCCUGGUGCUGGUGUGUCCGGUAAGCUCGCAAAUAACUACAUUUUGGCUCUAAAUAAUAUCGCCACCGCCGAGGCUAUGAACCUCGGUGUUCGCUGGGGACUCGAGCCCAAGAUCUUGGCGGAAAUGAUCAAUUCGUCAACCGGUCGUUGCUGGCCCUCUGAGGUUAACAAUCCCGUUCCUGGUGUCGUCGAGACAGCCCCCGCGUCACGUGGAUAUGAGGGCGGAUUCGGGGUAAGUCUCAUGCAUAAGGAUCUUCGCUUGGCUCUUGCUGCUGCGGAGCAGUCUAAUACUCCUCUUGCCCUGGGUACUCAGGCUCGCGAGGUGUAUAAGGCUGUUGAGGAGGAGCACCAUGGUAAGGAUUUCUCGGUGGUUUACAAGUGGUUGCAGGAGAAGUCUCAGUAA